GACACCUUUCUUCCGAGCACACAAACAUAUCUCUGAGCUCUUAAUCAUUUACACUAAAAGAUCUUUAUCGCCCGUUUUAUUCCUCCUUCACAACAAUGAUCCCCAAUUCAUCAUCGUUGCUCGGUUGGCCACUCUUAUAACCAUUAUAGAGGUACGCGUGCUCUCGUGGUAGGGGACCCGGCCGUAAUAUGCCCACGAUUUCGAUCCGGUUGACUCAGUCAGUCGCUGGCCAGACGUCUAGCAUUUGCUUUCAGUUCACGUACGGGCAGAUUGCCUCGAGACCCGUCCGCGAGUCUUACGUAAAUUUAUAUGGUUAAGGAUACUUGGCCGGUUAACAAUUUUCCCGUACUCUAACAAAAUAGUGCUUUUAUGACAAUUAUUUCGUGGUGAUACGUGGUGACUUCGACAGUCGAUUAGGCGACGAACCUCGCGCGAUUUGGCGGAAAGCUCUCAAAAUGAUACGAAACGGAACGAAUUGCACGCUGAUAUGAGAAUUCUUUUUCCAUUUUCCAUGUUAUGAACGCUGUCGACACUAUGGACUCGCUGUUAAAUUACAGCGAGCUUCGGGAGCGGCUCUCUUCCGAAGCGACGUUUACGGACGACAACAACAAUAGCGAUGCUAGCUGUCCGAAAGAAGAUAAAUAUUCGCUGAGGCCCAGAUCGAUGCGAAAAAUUACUGAACUCGCGAAAGAAGCUCAACUGGAAACGCAUUCGAAACAAAUAAACAAAUCCCAUGCGAAGCAAAAGCAGAAAGCAGCACCCUUGAGCAAAUACAGGCGCAAAACGGCAAACGCACGCGAAAGAAACCGAAUGCGAGAGAUAAAUCAAGCGUUCGAAACCCUUCGAAUGGUUAUUCCUCACAUGCAAGCACCCACCACCUCGUCCAACGAAAAACUAACCAAAAUCACCACUCUGAGGUUAGCAAUGAAAUAUAUUAACGCGCUCAGUUCAGCUUUGAACAAUCCGAUGGAAAGCGAAUUCGUUAGCACCGAUUAUUCCGAUUUGGACUGUUUGCUGUUAGAGUCAGAUGGAGAGUCUCUGUCGCUAUCGGAUCAUUCCGGUUCGUUACUGGCAUCGCCGGACUUCCUAGAACCAUCAUUGUCGCCCGUAGAUUUCAGCGACCCAUCACUACCGGCUCUGCUGCACACCGAUUUCACGGAACAUGCGCUGGAGGCGGCAGAUCUAAACGACUUCUUACUGACGUAACGUUUACGUAACUGAGACUUUAUGGGCACUAUAAUUUUGCGCAGUAUUUUAGAAUAAUUUGCGAUUGAUCCUUCUACAAGGUGAGUUUUUGCGGGAUUUGAAUUUUGCGGGCAUUCGCAAAAAUAAAGCGGCAAUUUGCAGAUAAUUGUGUUUCGUAUGUCGGCAUAAGAGAGAUGUCACUAAAAAUUAGUGUCUAGGAUUAUGUUAUAAAGCCCCAGGCCUUAUUUAUUUGUAAUUUUUGUGAUAUUUUACUUAUUUAAAUUAGGUAUGCGUUGGUAUGAAAUACUUUUGUGCAAUAAAUACUUCGCGAGUAUUUUUGGAACAUCUUUUUAUUAAGUGUCAAUAACCUGAAAUUAUUAGAAAUUGGACUAAAAAUGGUGGUAUACUUAACUUAAUAGAAAAAUACAUGGCAACAAAUUUUACCUGGCCAACUAACCAAAAUUUCGUUGAUAUUUUGGUUCGAAAAGAAUAUAUAAAAACUUAGAACCAUAAUUUCAUUAUGAAGUGAAUGCAUUGAAACUCUGCAGCAGGUAAUAAUUUUUGUAAGUUAAAAUUUUGCAGGCACCCGAGUGGUUAUAAAUAUUAGUUUCACCUCUUCCACGGAACAAUUUGUUCUUGCUUGUUUAUAGACAAUAAAUGUUACUUGUACAUUUACUAUAAUGUGAAAAAACUAAAAUGUCAAAACGGAAUUUAAAUACUUCCGAAUUUCUAUAACAUUAGUGCAUUUUCGUUUUUGUUAAAUUAUAAAAAACCUCAAUAACUCACGAAGUUAUCCGAUACUGCAUAGGAAGAAUGGGUGUAUCUCUCCCAAAUAUUAAUUUUUACUGUAUUAGUAAAAAUGCAUUUAAUCCAUAAAAGUUCUCUAAGCAGUUUCGAGCCUUGGCAUAUUUUUAAAUUUUUACAACUCGAAAUUUUAAAAUCGGUGUUGGUCGAGUGCCAUUUUCCUUAUCGGGGCAUUACUUUAAUGCAAAAAUAAAUGCUAAUUGCACCAGCGAAUUUAAACGCGAAUAUUAAUUAAUUAAGCAAAGAAAUUGUAACAAUUUUCUGUCGAGGUAAUUGACCGAAUAAAUACAAAAAUUGGGUUAUCUUUUGAAAAAAAAAUUGCAAAGUUUCAUUUGGCAGUGAGCAACAUUGUCGACGAAAAUAUUUGUUUGUCCGCUUAUUAGUUUUUUUUGUCAAAUGUAUAUGUAAUUAAUUUUAUUCCGCGAGUUAAAUUUAUUAACUCUCUCAAGAAAGGAAACAAAAUUAUUAACAACGUGAAAACAUUUUACAUGUUUUGUGCUAAAUCGCCUCAUUUUAAUUUUAAUUUUCCAUAAUUGUAUGGAAAAACUAAAAAUACUACAGAGACCGAGUUACCGUGAUAAAGUUCGCUUUAAUUGGUAACUAAGCUUAGAUGAGCUAAAGAUUCACAUUUAAAAAAUAUUUCCUAUUCUUAGAAGUGGUAAUGAAUUUUCAAUUAUGUUUGUGAUUAAAGCAAUUUCUUUUGAUUAGUUUUUUUUUAAAUUAACGAUAUUAGUGCAUGUUUUUCAAGUAAAGGCAAAAAUUCUUUUAAAGAAAAAAUUUUAUAGCUUUUUCUUGUGAAAUAACGUUAUCGUAGGUAGUUCAGAUUAUUUAGCACGAUUUUUGAUCGAAUUUAAAGCACAUUAACUAAUUGUAUUAAAAUAUCAAAUAACGAUUAUCUCACGUUACUUUUAUAAAUUCACUGCAUUCUUACGAUUAAAAACUAUCACAAAAAAGAAGACAUAUUUACCCAUUCGAGAAAUUAAGAUUAUUUAAUUUUCUUUACUUAAGAUUAAAUACGCCAUUUUUAGUUCGUUUGUUUAAGUAGCCAUCAAAUUCGGAAAAUGGCCCAUCAGAGAUAUAUGUAAUAUAAUAAUAAAAUCAUAAAGUGCAUUUAGGUUAUUGACGCGAUAUAUUAGAACAAUUCCUUUUAAACCUGACAUAAUACUACAAUUAUAUUAUUUUACCUAUUAUGUUAUUCUGUCUGAAAUAUCGUAAUAUAAUAGUGGUACAAAAAAGAACUGAGUUGAUAUAAAUAGAAACAUUAAAACACGACUUGCCUCAUAGAUAUUAUAAAUGUAAAAUAAAAAUUUAACUUUUAUUUUGUUACCUAAAUAAAUUUAUUUAAAAUAUUAUUUUUAUAUUGUGUCAUAUUUUGUGCGAAUCAUGUUAAGAGUGUUUAAAU